AUGAGCAGCAGCAACAAGUUCUUCCGUGUGUUGCAUCAAUCAAAGAAGAGCAAAGCACGUGUUGGUCAAAUCAUUACACAGCACGGAAUUAUCGAAACUCCAAACUUUGUACCAGUUGGAACGAAUGGAACACUCAAAGGAAUUGAUAAUCACUCACUUUCAUCAUUGGAUGUUCAGUUAAUGUUUUCCAAUACCUAUCACUUGUUGAUUCAUCCGGGAGUUGAGGCAAUUGAACAAGCAGGAGGAUUACACAAAUUUAUUUCAAGGAAACAUCCAAUUAUUACUGAUUCGGGAGGUUUUCAAGUUUUUUCACUUCAAUCAACACCAACAGAGGAAGGAGUUUUUGAAGGAGAAUCACCGAGGAAAUUGAUUGAAUUGAAAGGACAAUCGAAGAAUAAGGCACAUUCAGAAAGUUUAGUUGAGAGAGUUUCUGAGGAUGGUGUGACUUUUAGAUCGUAUAGGGAUGGUAAAUUACUUCAGCUCACUCCUGAAACAUCUGUCACUGCUCAACAUAAAUUUGGAUCUGAUAUUAUAAUUCCAUUUGAUGAGCUGUUACCUGAACAUGUACCAAUGACUGUUAUUGAAGAAUCUCUGGAAAGAACUCAUAGAUGGGAAUUACGUUCAUUGAAAUGUCAUUUGGAAUUAUCAAAACAAUGUAACAAACAUCAACAUAUGUAUUGUGUUUUACAUGGUGGAACUAAUUUGGAUUUGAGAAAGAAAUCAAUGGAUACUCUGCUGGAUCCUUCAUGUUUCCAAUUUAGAGAUACUGAAGAUGGUUUACCAAAUGGAUUUGAAGGAAUUGCUAUUGGAGGAAGUUUAGGAUCGAAUAGAGAGGAAAUGUUGGAUGUGUUAAAAUUUACCUACAAUUAUUUGGAAGAGAAGAUUCCACAAGAUUGUUUCGUACCUAAUCAUAUCUUAGGCAUUGGUGAUAUUGCCUCAAUGAAAUCAUUUAUUGAACUUGGAUUUGAUACAUGUGAUUCGGCCUAUCCAACUAGAUUGGCAAGACAUGGUAAUUUAAUUGUUGGUGCUGCCUCUGGAAAUCCAACAACAUUAUCUAUUAAGAGCUCAGCCUCUCUCGGAAUGCACGAUAGACCAAUUGAUACAACUUGUGAUUGUCCAGUUUGUUCUGGGCCAGAUGCCUACUCUGUGGCCUACUUGCACCAUCUAUUCAAGAUGAGUGAACCAACUUAUAUAACCCUCUCAACCAUUCACAACGUUAGACAAAUGAUGAUUUGGAUGAAGACGAUAAGAGAGAGAAUAAAGAAUGAUGAAUUGUAA